AAAUCAAAUCUUCACAACAGUUAGGGGGGGCAGCUAUGUGUAGAGCAGAGCCAAUCAGCCUGCAGCAGGUGUGAUAAUGAAGCUGGCAGGUGAGCUGUGACAUCAGAUCCACGGGUUUUCCUGCCGGGUUCCACUUUUCUCGGGUUUUGCUCUUCCUGUUGUCUGGUCAUGUCGGCUUUUCUCUGGCUUCUCUGGAGGCUGUUUCAUGUCACACUUGGAGGCCCGGUUCUCCAUCCGACGUCGUCAGAGGAGAUGAUGCCUGCUAUGAACAGCGUCCCCAUCCCUUCAUCCUACCGCCUGCCAGUUUUCCUGCACGCAUCGAUGCCGCUGGUUCCACCGGAGCUGUUCCGACCAGUUCCGUACGGAGGGCCUCUGCCCGCCGGGCUGGCCGGGCUGCUCGUCCCCCCGCUGCGCCAACAUAAGAGCAUCCCGGAUAAGGUGGCACGCGCUGUGGAGGCUUGGUGCGGCACAGAGAAAGUGUCAGUCCGCGUGGACCGCUUCCUGCUGCGUGCCUGGAACGUGCCAUCCCUGUUCCGGAUAGGCUCGUGCACACCGAGCGAAGUGACAUCCCGGUACUUGUACUUCCAGUACGGACUGCUGGAGUGUGGCGGAAAAGUUCAGGUUUCUGGUGGUCAGCUGGUGUAUUCUUACCUGUUGAACUACACUCCUCCCUCACAAGGCUAUGUCAUUAGAGUUUUUCCAAUUAAUCUUCCUAUCCACUGCUAUUAUAACAGGUUUCAUUACUCUUACAAAGUUGGUUAUAGACCACAAGUCCAACACACAACUUUUCUGAGGAGUAUCAAGAGUAAACUAACUUUCAGCCUUACUGUCUGUAAUGCCCAGUGGGAGCCCCUUUCUCCAGGUCAUACGUUCUAUUUAGGAGAGCAAGUUUAUUUUUUGGCUCAAGCGGGAACUCUGUUGGCUGGAGAGAGGCUUUAUGUGGAUUCCUGUCAAGCCACAAGUUCUGAAGAUCCAAGCAGCUUGCCUAAAGUGGAUAUCAUCACCAAUUACGGUUGCAUGACAGACAGCAGGAGGGAGGGCAGCAGUUCUCAGUUCCUGUCAGGAGGUGGCAGUGUGGUGAAGUUCUCAGUGGAUGCCUUUCUGUUUAGAGGAGUCUCACAAGUGCAGCACCUCCACUGUACACUGUCAGUCGGUCUGAGCACUUCAAGCAUCGCAAAGUCCUGUAACUUCAACAAGGCAACUGGCAGGUGGGAAGAAAUGUUGACUUCCCCCACAGUGUGUUCCUGCUGUGAUUCUGUGUGCACUGACACAGACAUGUCUGUGAAGAACCAUGUCAGAAGUUCAGGCUGGCUUGUUGAUCAAAAGUUGGAGAAGCCUACUGCAAGACAGAGAUCUUUUGAAGCUGAGGAAAGAGAAUAUUUGGAUCAAAAAGUGACCAAUAAAGACAAUGUGGAAGAUAGUCGGGCUUUUCCACAGGACAGAAGUGGUUUUAAAGAUGAAAAGUCUGUUGCUGGCAGAAUAGAAUGGAGACAGGUGGUGAUCCUGGGACAGGAAAAGGCAGAAGAGCAGACUGAGAAAAAAGCCAGGAACCUGAAAAAUGAAGACGGUGAGCUGAAAAUGCUUCCAACACACAUGUCAGAUGAAGCUAGAUCACACAAUGAAACUGCUCAGGCUGGGGAGGAGGGGUUAGAUUUUAGAAAUUCUGUGUCUAGGUUAGCCAUUGUCAAUAAAAGCUCAGAUGCUUCAGGUACACAAGAAAAUGGUAGUUAUGGCAUAGAGUAUAAUCCAAGCACUCAAAGUUCUUCUGGUAAUGUUUCUUCUUCUGAAGAUGCCAUCACUACUCGUUGUCCACAUAGUCACAGUGUUAGUUGUACGAAUGCUUAUAGUGCCUCCCACAAGGAAAAACAUAAUUAUAAUGAGGGACAUGGCGCAAUAUCUAGUGCUGUUGGUAUUGAGGAGUUUAGCUCUGUUAAUGUCAGAAAUAGUUCUGUUAGAUUGUCACCUCAGGUUAUACCUGAGGUGGAUUUAGACUUGUGGUCAAAAUGGGUCAAAUGUGUUGAUAAAUCGGCUCUGACCACAACUCGCCACACACCAGUCCGAGCAACAGAAUCUGUAAGCGGUAAUGGAUUGGAUGGAGAUGCUGAUCUACUGGUCAAAGGGUUACCGACAGGACACACUCAUCUACGUUUGCUCAGGAACCUGAUUUGUAAUGAUGGGAAGUUGGAUGUUACUUCUGGCUCUACAGACCAAACUCUUCCUCAGACUCUACUACCAGCUGAAGGAAAGUUAAAAGAUUCUGGCACCAGAACAACACUUCCUAGUUUUGGUUCUGUUUCCAUUAAAUCAGAGCAAACUCAUGAUCUCGACCCCAAGCAUUCUGCCAUGGUAACGGUGACUACUUCCUUUCAGGACUCUAACAGCAGUCCUUUGAUUGACAAAGGCUGGGCUGAGGUGGUGCCAGAAUGGGUUGUGCAACAUUUGGCUUUUCUUGUGCAAAAAACAACUCGGGUUGUAAAGAAUUAGUCACAGACUUGUUCACCAGUCCUAUCAUUGCCACAGAGUUUUUAGGUAUCAUGUUGACAAAUAAAACUUCUACACGAAAGGAAAAGUUAGGUUGUCAUUUUAGGAUAAAUAUUUAACUGUGUAGAAGCCUUGGUUUGAGAGAACCUUGUUACCAGUCAGUCUUAUCUAGACUUUGGAAUAUUGCAUUAAAGCAGUCUGAGUCCAUAAAUGUUUCUUCUUUCUGGAGCCCAUAUCUCAGUUAGUGAAAUUCCUUAACUGAGAUACGAGACUAUAAAGUAAAACUUGUGGUAGCCUUUCAUAAAACAACUUUCUUGGAACUGGACUCAACAGAGUAACUGGAGAAAUAAGACAUUUACUAGCUGUAUGACUGGACAAAAUGUUGAUUAAAUUUCAAGCUGAUCGGUCCCUACC